AGUUUCUAACGAUGGAAGGUCCGACGUUUCCCGGACCCAGAGGCACACUUAUCCAGCGGACCAUGGACAUUGCCGUCAGCCUGGCCGAACUGGAGGCCCGGACCGAUGAGCUCUUGAUUGAUGCAGAGAAAGUGGACCAGGAUUUGGCCAAUUGUCGCAAGUUCCGGGAGGAGCAGCUGCUCAAGUACCUGGCGGAGACCAAUAGCGACGAGGAGCAGAUGCAGAUGCUGCGGGAGAACAUGGAACUCAAGGAGACUGCCGAUGAGUUUUACACGGGAAUGGCGCUGAUCAUGGAGAAGUACCGGGAGCACAGCGAGGGCGAUAUGUUCAUCGAUAGCUAUCAGCUGAAGGAGCGCUACUUGGCCGGUUUGGCGGAGGUUGUGCGGGCGCAGGAUGCCCGAAUCGAGAAUAUGCUGGAGCUGAUGAAGAUCACCGCCGAUCUGGAGGAUCGCAGCAGUGACGAGAACCAGGAAAUCAUCCGUAAGCUGAGCGGGGAAAAUGAGCAGAUGCGCCGCCAGCUGCAGAUUAGCAGCACCGAUGAGGUUUUCCGCCAGGGUAACCUCGCCUCCAGCGAGAGUAGCACCCAGUUCGAGCCAAGUGAUUCCAUGGAGGCCAAUAGCAUCUGCAGCCUGGAGAGCUUCCUCUCCUGCCUCUCGCCGAGCUAUAUGGAUGAUGGGAACGAAGAUGAUGAUGGCUCGUCAUCUAGCUCAUUGGUGAGCCAACUGGAGGUCAUCCGCUUCAUCGAGGAGGCUCUGGCCGAGAAUCCCGAGAAACAGACGGAAUAG